AUGAAUAAUUCCGAAACGGCCGACACUGCCGGCGCUGAGCACUCCAAGACCGGACAAGAUGCGGCGAAGCGGCGCGAGAGCUUCAGCUCCCAGAAUUCGCAAACAGCAAAAGAGUUCAUUGAGAGCCAGAUGCGGCUGGAAGCCGAUGCGCGCGAAGUGAUGCCAUAUUCCUUCGACUCCUGCACGCAAGCCCUCGGGCCCCUCCGCCAGAGCCUCUUCGCCUGCCUGACCUGUAACCCUCCCCCGACGACCGCGGACGAACCGUUCACAGCCGCCGGCGUCUGCUAUUCCUGCUCGAUCGCCUGCCACGGAGAACACACCCUCGUGGAGCUCUUCAACAAACGCAACUUUGUCUGCGACUGUGGCACCACCCGCGUGUCCUCCGGCGCGCCGUGCACCCUCCGAAGCGACCCCAAGACCGGCGCCAAAGGCGUCCGCGCCGAGACACCGCACCCGGGCAAUCACUACAACCAUAACUUCCGGAACAGGUUCUGCGGCUGCGGUGAGGACUACGAUGCCGAAAAGGAGAAGGGGACGAUGUUCCAGUGUCUCGGGCUGGGAACGGCUGAGACCGGCGGCUGUGGUGAGGACUGGUGGCAUCCCGAGUGCCUUAUUGGACUGCCGCGGGAUUGGUACAACAAAGCGAAGAAGGACAGGGAGCGGACGAAUGUCGAUGGGGACGAUGACGAUGAAAUUCCCCUCCCGCCGGGCUUCCCCGCCGAGGAUGACUUCGAGACGUUCUUAUGCUACAAGUGUGUCGAGUCGAAUCCGUGGCUGAAGCGGUACGCCGGCGCGACUGGGUUCCUCCCUCCAGUGUUCAAAGAAGGUGGAUUAUCCUCGGGAUCUACACAACCGGCAGCCUCUGCGGAAGAGCCUUCAGGCGAAGACCAGUCUGCCAAUUCCAAGAAACGCAAGUUGGACGACGACGAGCAUGAAGACCCACGAACGGCGAAACGAGCAAAGGAUGCUGGUGACAACGGCGAGGCAGGCCCUGAACCAGUACCCCAGUCAGAACCUCAGGCCGGAACAGAAUCCAAAGAACAGCCCGCUGUGACCGACAAGCAAGAUUUCAAGCAUAGCGCCCUGCCAACGCCUACGCCGAUGGGGACGUUCUCCCUCUUUGUCAAAGAAGACUUCCGCGACCAUUUCUGUCGCUGCCCAGAGUGCUACCCGAAUCUUUCCCACCACCCGCAGCUGCGCGAGGAAGAGGAAACAUACGAGCCUCCGUUAUCUGAGGACGGCGAAGCAAACGGAGGCGGCAGCACGGGUACCGGAAGUCUCCUGGACCGGGGUGAGGCGGCACUCAGCAACAUCGACCGUGUGCGGGCGAUCGAAGGCGCCAUGGUUUACAACCACCUGCGCGACAAAGUCAAGGAGUUCCUGAAGCCAUUCGCGGAGAGCGGGACUGCAGUCGGCGCGGACGAUAUCAAAUCAUACUUUGAAAAGCUCCGCGGCGACUACGAACCGAUGAAGGACGCCGCAGGUCGGGCCUCUGCCGCGUCUAACAAUGAGAAUAACGAUAACGACGGUGAAAACGGUCGGAGAGAGCAGAGUGGAUACUGA